AUGUUUGUGCCGCUCAUCGACAACCUGAAGCAUGUAUUUUUCAUCUACCGCACGUGGAAGCGAUUGGACAAUCGCGAGGAUAUUCAAAUCCUGAUUCACAUUCUCAACGAUUACUACAGGCACUACUAUGACCUCACCAGUGGAACACCACGUGAGCCACUACCCGAUGUUGAGGAACGAGAGCAGCUGGUCCGACACAUAUAUAAGGAACGUAAAAGGCAACAGAGGAUCAGCUCGCGUCGUCCGUCGUCACGUACGGACUAUCCAUCUCCGAGAGAGCCGGUUGACCAACAACACCAAGGUGCUGUUUCCGUUGUUGGUGACGUAUCCGCACAACGGACUCCAGAUAAACAAACCGUAGUCGCACAACAGGGUGAUACCCAGAUACAGCAUGCUACCAAUCCUCCGGAGGACAUGUCAAAACGACAAAGACUGGACUCGGGAAACGCAGAUGACGACCCUGAGGAAAACACUACUGCCGGUGGAUCCAUCACAAAGGCAUUUGAUCUGUUCAAAGUACACUAUUACAAGACCCGCUGUUGUGCGAUCACCGUUUGUUUGUCUGGUAUCUGUUGUGCGGAUACGGAUGAGGAUGUACCUUGGUGUUGUUGGUUGAUGGAUAGUCCGUACGUGGCGUCGGACGACGCGAACUGA